AAUAAUGUCAGAAAAUUUAUUACACGUAAUCAUUCAUUAGAAACAUGUAAGUAUGCAACAAAGAAUAUAAAACCGAUUGGAUCUACUGUAGAUUCGAAAAAAGUAGAAUUUUUUGCAAAAUUAAACAACAAAUGGUGGGAUCGGAAUGGUUAUUUAGCUCUUCUUCAUAUUAUGAAUAAUAUUAGAGUAAAGUUUAUACAAGAUGGUUUAGCUAAAGCAGGCUUUAUCAAAGAUGAUACAAAUUUACCUUUAAAAGGAAUAAAGAUUGUGGAUAUUGGUUGUGGUGGAGGAAUACUCUCUGAACCAUUAGCUAAAUUAGGAGCACAAGUAACUGGAAUAGAUAAUUCAUUGGAAUUGAUAAAUGUUGCAAAGGAACAUGCCUCAUUAGAUUGUAAUUUAUCGGGAAGAUUAAAUUAUAUUCGAACUACCAUUGAAGAAUUUGAAAAAGAAAAUAAAGAGAAAUAUGAUGCAGUGGUAGCUUCUGAAAUUUUGGAACAUGUAUUUAAUCAACAAUUAUUUAUUAAAUCGUGUUCAUCAAUUAUAAAACCUGGAGGAUCAUUGUUCGUUACUACCACAAAUAAAACUUUACAAUCUUGGUUGGCUGGAAUUGUGGCAGAAUAUAUAUUCAAUAUUUUAGCAAUUGGAACAAAUGAGUGGAACAAAUUUAUUUCGCCAGAAGAAGUUCAAUGUUUCUUAGAAACUUGUGGUCUGAAGACAGAAAUAAUUCGUGGGAUGAUUUUUAAUCUAAUAAAAUAUGAAUGGUAUUGGUCAUCAAACGUUUCAAUGGGCUAUGCGCUUCAUGCAAUCAAACAGUGAUAAUCUAAAAUUGUUCGUAAUG